GAGCCGCGAUCCGCCGGCCGAGGGGAGCCGGGGCGCCGGCAUCUGCGCCGCCGCUGGGGAGCCGGCGCCGAGCCCGCGAUGGAAUAAUGCCCAGCGGCCCGCCCGGUCCCGGUCAUUUUCUGAUGUGACGGCUGAGACAUGAGAUCUUCAGCCUCCAGGCUCUCCAGUUUUUCAUCCAGAGAUUCACUAUGGAAUCGGAUGCCGGACCAGAUCUCCGUCUCCGAGUUCAUCGCCGAGACCACCGAGGACUACAACUCGCCCACCACGUCCAGCUUCACCACGCGGCUGCACAACUGCAGGAAUACCGUCACGCUGCUGGAGGAGGCUUUAGACCAAGAUAGAACAGCCUUACAGAAAGUGAAGAAGUCUGUAAAAGCAAUAUAUAAUUCCGGUCAAGAUCAUGUACAAAAUGAAGAAAACUAUGCACAAGUUCUUGAUAAGUUUGGGAGUAAUUUUUUAAGUCGAGACAACCCAGAUCUUGGCACCGCCUUUGUCAAGUUUUCGACUCUUACAAAGGAACUGUCCACACUGCUGAAAAAUCUGCUCCAGGGUCUGAGCCACAAUGUGAUCUUCACCUUGGAUUCCUUGUUGAAAGGAGACCUAAAGGGAGUCAAAGGAGAUCUCAAGAAACCAUUUGACAAAGCUUGGAAGGAUUAUGAGACGAAGUUUACAAAAAUUGAGAAGGAGAAAAGGGAGCAUGCCAAACAGCACGGGAUGAUCCGCACGGAGAUCACCGGAGCCGAGAUCGCAGAAGAGAUGGAGAAGGAGAGGCGCCUCUUCCAGCUCCAGAUGUGCGAGUAUCUCAUUAAAGUUAAUGAGAUCAAGACCAAAAAGGGUGUGGAUCUGCUGCAGAAUCUGAUAAAGUAUUAUCACGCACAGUGCAAUUUCUUUCAAGAUGGCUUGAAAACAGCUGAUAAAUUGAAACAGUACAUUGAAAAACUGGCUGCUGAUCUAUAUAAUAUAAAACAGACCCAGGAUGAGGAGAAGAAACAGCUAACUGCACUCCGAGACUUAAUCAAAUCCUCUCUUCAGCUUGAUCAGAAAGAAGUAGGUGACCUAUGUGUUUCCAGCAGGGCUAACCGUGAUUCCCAGAGCCGGCAGGGGGGGUACAGCAUGCAUCAACUCCAGGGCAACAAGGAGUACGGCAGCGAGAAGAAGGGGUACCUGCUGAAGAAGAGUGAUGGGAUCCGGAAAGUGUGGCAGAGAAGGAAGUGCGCCGUCAAGAACGGGAUUCUGACCAUCUCCCACGCCACAUCUAACAGGCAGCCAGCUAAGUUGAACCUUCUCACCUGUCAGGUGAAACCAAAUGCCGAGGACAAGAAGUCUUUUGACCUGAUAUCACAUAAUAGGACGUACCACUUUCAGGCAGAAGACGAGCAGGAUUAUGUGGCGUGGAUAUCAGUGUUGACGAACAGCAAAGAAGAGGCCCUCACCAUGGCCUUCCGCGGGGAGCAGAGCACGGGGGAGAACAGCCUGGAAGACCUGACAAAAGCCAUCAUCGAGGACGUCCAGCGGCUCCCGGGGAACGACGUCUGCUGCGACUGCGGCUCGUCAGAACCCACCUGGCUUUCAACCAACUUGGGCAUUUUGACCUGUAUAGAAUGUUCGGGCAUCCAUAGGGAAAUGGGGGUUCAUAUUUCUCGCAUUCAGUCUUUGGAACUAGACAAAUUAGGAACGUCUGAACUCUUGCUGGCCAAGAAUGUAGGAAACAAUAGUUUUAAUGAUAUUAUGGAAGCAAAUUUACCCAGCCCCUCACCAAAACCCACUCCUUCAAGUGACAUGACUGUGCGGAAAGAAUAUAUCACUGCAAAGUAUGUAGAUCAUAGAUUUUCAAGGAAGACCUGUUCAUCGUCAUCAGCUAAACUGAAUGAGUUGCUUGAGGCCAUCAAAUCCAGGGAUUUACUUGCACUGAUCCAGGUCUAUGCAGAGGGGGUAGAGCUAAUGGAGCCGCUGCUGGAACCUGGACAGGAGCUCGGGGAGACAGCCCUUCAUCUUGCAGUCCGAACCGCAGACCAGACAUCUCUCCAUUUGGUUGACUUCCUUGUGCAAAACUGUGGGAACCUGGAUAAGCAGACAACCCUGGGAAAUACAGCUCUGCACUACUGUAGUAUGUACGGUAAACCUGAGUGUUUGAAGCUGCUUCUCCGGAGCAAGCCCACCGUGGAUGUCGUUAACCAGGCUGGAGAGACUGCCCUGGACAUAGCAAAGAGACUGAAAGCCACCCAGUGUGAAGAUCUGCUUUCCCAAGCUAAAUCUGGAAAGUUCAAUCCACACGUCCACGUAGAAUAUGAGUGGAAUCUUCGACAGGAGGAGAUGGAUGAAAGCGAUGAUGAUCUGGAUGACAAACCGAGCCCCAUCAAGAAAGAGCGCUCACCCAGACCGCAGAGCUUCUGCCACUCCUCCAGCAUCUCCCCCCAGGACAAGCUCUCGCUGCCGGGAUUCAGCACCCCGCGGGACAAGCAGCGGCUCUCCUACGGCGCCUUCACCAACCAGAUCUUCGUCUCCACAAGCACAGACUCGCCUACGUCACCAACCGCGGAGGCGCCCCCACUGCCUCCUAGAAACACCGUGAAAGGUCCAACGGGCCCACCUUCAACACUCCCUCUAAGCACCCAGACCUCUAGUGGCAGCUCCACCCUGUCCAAGAAGAGGCCUCCUCCCCCACCACCCGGACACAAGAGAACCCUAUCCGACCCUCCCAGCCCACUACCUCACGGGCCCCCAAACAAAGGCGCAGUUCCUUGGGGUAACGACGUGGGUCCAUCGUCAUCCAGUAAGACCGCAAACAAGUUUGAGGGCCUGUCCCAGCAGUCGAGCACCGGUUCUGCAAAGACUGCCCUUGGCCCAAGAGUUCUUCCUAAACUACCUCAGAAAGUGGCACUAAGGAAAACAGAAACCAGCCAUCAUCUCUCCCUUGACAAAUCCAGCAUCCCACCUGAAAUCUUCCAGAAAUCGUCACAGUUGGCAGAGUUACCGCAAAAGCCACCACCUGGAGACCUGCCCCCAAAGCCCACAGAACUGGCUCCCAAGCCCCAGAUUGGAGACUUGCCACCUAAGCCAGGAGAGCUGCCCCCCAAGCCGCAGCUUGGUGACCUGCCCCCCAAGCCCCAGCUAUCAGACUUGCCUCCCAAGCCACAGAUGAAGGACCUGCCACCCAAGCCGCAGCUGGGAGACCUGCUGGCCAAACCCCAGACGGGAGACGCCUCGCCCAAGGCUCAGCCGCCCGAGCUCACCCCCAAGUCACACCCAGCGGAGCUGUCCUCGCUCGUCCAGAGGCAAGCCUCCGAAGACGCCAGUGACCUCACGCCCACCCUGCCAGAGACCCCUGUGCCGCUACCCAGGAAGAUCAACACGGGGAAAAGCAAGGUGAGGCGGGUGAAGACCAUCUACGACUGCCAGGCGGACAAUGACGACGAACUCACCUUCGUGGAGGGCGAGGUGAUCGUGGUCACCGGGGAGGAGGACCAGGAGUGGUGGAUCGGCCACAUCGAAGGGCAGCCUGAGAGGAAGGGGGUCUUUCCAGUGUCCUUCGUUCACAUCCUGUCGGACUAGCAAAAAGCAGAAACUUCCGAUUGUCCGCGUCCUUCACGCCCGACUGCUGCCUCCACGUAACCCUGUGCACACCGUGUAAAUAGCUGCUGUUACUGAAUGAGAAGCUCACGGAAGGGCCACCUCAGGAGGGGACAGAGUGUGUGUUGUAAAUACCCUGUGGUCUUCUGCCUUCGCCAGUGUUAGGGCAGCCUUGGGACCAGGCGCGCCUCACUGGUUUGCCAAAGCCAUCCGUGGCGUCUCGCACUUACAUCUCUCUCUAUGUGGUUUUCCAAGCAAACAAACAAAAACAGGAAUAUAGGAACUGCUGGCUUUGCAAAUAGAAGUGGUCUCCCGCAACCGUUGAAGGGCAUAGAAUUGACUCUCUGUUCCUAACAAUACAGUAUUCUCAAUUGUGUUACUGAAAAUGCAACAUUAGCAAAGAGGUGGGUUCUGUUUUCCAGGUGAAACUUUUAGCUCCAUGACAGACCAGCCUGUAGUUACCCGUGUACACAGUUUACAGCUACAAAAACUUACUUUGGUAUUUAUUACAGAAAAGUGCUCUGUUAAAUGUAAGUGUUAUUCCUUCAGCAAAACAUUCACUGACCCGAAACCUUUGGUGGCAUUUUAUAAUGCCCACAGCCUCAUCGUGCAGGUUUAGACAAGUGGGUUUAUACUGUCUUAAGAGAAUGAGUGCCCGCCCCUGAGAUAUUACCUCAUUAUGCAAAAACAACAUAUCCUUCAUGACUAUUUUCACAGAAGUUUAAAACACAGCUGAUGAAGUUCAACUUUCAGGAACCAAGGACUGCCAGAAAAUAGUAGCCUCUACAUUAUGCAUGCGUUUAGAAGCUUACCUGAAAUCUGCCUUUUAUAAAGGAAUAGUAUAAAUAAGUUGAACUGUGCAUUUUUUAAAUUUGAUUGCCAUUAAAGCAGAAGUUAUAAGGCUGCAACAAUAUGUUUCUAGUCAUUUGGCUUUCUCAAGAGUGUGACUUCACAUAUCAUCAUGAAUUAGCAUCUUUCAAAUGUGUUAAAGCCCCUAAUGUUUCAGUUUUAAAUUCUUCUCUUAGUUUUGUUCUUGACAAAUUUAAACUUUUAAAAGUUUAUUCAAGCAGAUGACGAAUUUAAAAGUCAGUCCUGUACACCAUCCCCACCCCCCCUCCCCAACCCUGCAGAAUCCAGGUGCUGAAACCAGCCUUUUCCUUUUUCCAUUCUCUUUACUGAGGUCGUAGAUAACGUUUUGCGAUCUCCAGCUCUGUUCAGCGGACACGUUACCUUCAAGUCAAUUCAUAACCAAGUUUUUGAACGCUGCUCUGAAUCGCACUGUGAAACAGCGUCUUCCUGCCGUGAGUCUCUGCCCCUCUGGGCUCUUCUCUCACCCCCGCCGCAUCUGUCAGACCAUUAAGAACCUCGUGAGUGUUCCGGUCUUUUAAAUCAGUAUGAGUUUUGGGAAAGAACAGAGUCACUUCACUCCGCAGUCAGUGGGGCUGCUCCCUGAUUCCGAGGCUCACGAGUCCUUCUGGUGUUACAUUUGCUUAAACUGCUAGGUUGGCAACAGCACAGAGAACUAAUAUUUUUAAGCAGAUAAUCUUGGCAAUGAAUGAGAAAUGUUCAUUUCACAGAAGCACAACUCCCAACCAAACCCUGAGGGAAAGCCCUCUUUAAUAGAGUCACAAUGCUCCGUGAAUAAUUUCUUUCUGCUUAAGUGAUUCCUAUGAGAACUCUGAAUAGCCACCUAAUAAAUAAACCUUGCAUGACACACCCGCAACAUACCUUAUCAGCUGUUACUGGAAAGUGAUUUUAAGCAGUUGCUUCCUCGGUGUCACGGCGCACGUGCACCCCACACAAGAACGUCAGGCAGCGGCCGACGUGCUGGUGUGUGUGGCGGACCGUGUUCGCAGCCUCUGUGUUUAAGCCACUCAGGUGUCAAGGCAGGAAGUCACCGUCCGAAGUUACUCAGUGUCCCAGUGCGUUCACUUAACACUUUUUCGGUUGCAUUAAAGCACUAUUCAUUUUUGUGGCCUGCACUAUUUUCAACUGAUCUCAAAAUAAACUGGUUUAAAACACAUGCACACACGCACAUGCGCGCGCGCACACACACACACACAUACACACAAGCUAGAUGUCUAAAAUUACACGGAAUCAAUGUCUAUUCUUUGUCCCUUUAGGAGCAACUUUCACGCAAAUGCUUUUUUUUAACACUUUUGGGGGUUUUUUCUGGUUUCGUUUUUGUUUUCCAUCAGGAAUUUGAGUUCUCUCUAACCCAGCUUACCGUGGGACAUAGGAAAACUGGGUCUAAGUACCUUUGGUGACCUUGGUGGAGUUUGAAUCUGGUAUUGUCCUUAAACUCAGUGAGCCACUAUCUGCAAUUUUGUACAUGAUAAUAGAGUAUUUUGAAGGUAUGGAACCUUAUGGGAAAAAUAGCUAAUUAGUUCUUUUUUCCCCCAAAGGGGAGUUAUGUUCUGCAAAUAGUGUGUGUCUUAUUUUACUGUUGAACAGCAAUGGCUAUUUAUUUUUUUAUUGCCUAGAACUUCAGCCUGUUGUGUAGGGAUCCCAUAGCACCACCAGUGAAAUUCCGAACUCCCAUCUGGAUGUUACGAUCAAAACAUCAGUACACUUGUCAUUUCACACGUAUUUAAUGUGACAGUUUUUCAGUACUGUAUGUGUUCAUUUCUACUUUUUUUAAUAUUUAAAAUUGCUUUUAAAUAAACAUAUUCUCAGUUGAUCCCAAA